GGCAGACAAGAUUAAAAGUUAUCUGAUAAGAUUGAAAUCUGAUUCUUAUGUCAUUACUAGCGCCGAAACUGCCGAAGGUUACUCAUUCGGCUCUCCCGUUGCCCUUUCAGCUUCCCUACUCCUGACCACCAUGAACGAUACAUCUCCUAGCAGCGACGCUACUUACGAUAUGUCAGAUUAUCCUCAAUCGCCUGGACUGUCUGAGGACAGUCUUUCUGACUCUGACUGGCUCGACAUCGCCAGCAAUCGCGAAUCCGAUGACAAUGAGUCGGUAUCGUCGCGGGACAGUGAUCACAAUGAGGUAGUGAUACCUCUCUCCCGACGCUCCUCCAUGAGCAUUGGCAGCUCUAGAGAUGGUGAAGUAGAUGCUUGGGAAGGCUUUGUUGAUGAUAGCUCUGACGAAGGUCAUUCUAACGAAUUCGAGUCGACAGGAGCAGUGGCAGACGGCCUAUUCAUGGGACCUCUCCUCGAUUUAGAGGGAGAAGAGCAGCGUGUCAGAGAGGCUUUGGAUCAAAGCAUGAUAAGCACCUUGGGUGCCUCCCGAAGCAGCUCACAUCCCUCUACUGUUCAUAGCUCACUCCGAGACCUCAAGUUGUCUUUCCCCGAUCCUUUGACCAGCUCUCAUGAACAAUUGAGCGGUUCAUACGACAAUGUCUCUUCGUCGAACCACGAAUUACCCUCCCUGGAGGGUGAAGAAGCUAUCACGGAAGUCACCGUGAAUGACUCGUCGCCUGUCACGGAUCCGGGCCUGUUACCCACACCCGAGAGUCCUACAGACACCCGAGAUAUUGACUUCGGUGAUGUGGAAUACGACAUAUUUUUGUAUGGAACUUCAUCCUCUGUCAAGUGGACCGUAGUCCAUGACUUGCUGCGAAAGGCUUCUCUUGGAGCAGGCAUCCGUCUCGCUUCCAUUGAACAUAUGGCCUUGGGCACAGCGCAAUUGCUUCAUUUCUCUAUCGCGGACUCCACAGAUAUUUUCAAGUCAGUCGCGGUCUACGACAGAACCGGUCAAGAUAGCCCGAGUUCGGAGAUUUCUUCGAACCGGCCUUCCCUUGGAAUUAUAUAUCUUCCUUGCACACCCUUCUCUUUUCUUCCUGUGCAUACUUUUCAUCUUCCCGUUGCUGCACCUCUUCCGGGAGAAGACGGGGUCGACCUGGAUGCUCUUGACCGCGCAGAAUCUGCAUGGUCUGAACUACGUAUUCCAGCCGAGAAGGUUCUACACGUGCAGAAGGGCUUACGCUCGCCUGUCCUUUGCAUGGAAGAAAUUUCACGCCUUCACGCCGUUGAUGUCUAUAAUGGCAUAAGACAGAUCACUGCCAAGAAGCGUCCAGGCAAAGGACUAUCCGAACACUUUACCUCCGUUCACGCAGUCACGUUUUUCGCCCUUUUGUCCUUGAUAGUCGGAUUCACUGUUAAUACCGCGUUAAGCUCAUCUGUGACGACUCCAACCCCAACCGCUAGAACACACAUUCCGACGCCCUUCUGGAAUGUGUUUACCAAUCAAUCCUCCUCGCUCUCACUGCGUUCUUCCACAAGCAUUGCAGUUGUUCCUCAGUCUGCGUCACUGUCUCUGUACAAUCGCGGUUCCACUGCUAUUUCAGCGAGCAGCAGUCCAUCUGCAGGACGGGUUGCUCAGACCGCCGAUUCUACCCCAGCUAAUAGCCCCAAGGACCCAUCUGAUGAUUGCGAUUGCAAGCCCCUCAGCUGGUCCGAGAGAAUGGGAUUAUCAAAGGAUGUUGUUAUCCGUUCGCCAGCGCCCGUCGCGCGUCCCAUCGUGGCGCCCAAGGAACUGUCCAAGUCUGCGGAGUCAUUUACCUCACUCAGCAUCCGCGCCGUGGAUUCACUUUCGCACAUCUUGGACUCUACUAUGAGGGCACUGAUCGAGGUUGUCCAACAUGAUUUGAAAGAGUUGAUGGAAGCGAUUGAUGAGCUUUCCCGAGCGAUCAGACGGCAAACGGAUACUAUCUUUUAUAAAUCCAGAUCAACAUCCCAAGUUGUUCGGGAGGCCGUUAAACACCGCCAUGAGAGAGCGAAAGAUAAAGCUAAGGAAUUGAAGGAGAUCGGGGGUCAAUUGAUAUCGUAUGCAGGGAACUCACUGAUAGGACGGACGCGAGUCGCGCGACAGAAAGCUCAUCAGUUGAAGGAGAACAUGUGGACUUCGGAGACGUGGAGGAUGUACCAGAAGGCCCAUGGUCAUUGGAAAUCGACCUUGACGCAAGGUACAGAGGCACAGGAGAAGGAGGAAGGUAGGAGAACGUUGUUUGGACGUUCCUGAUCUGUGGUUCCUUGCUUUCAUUUACAUACACCUACGGUAAGAAAUAUUCUAGCAUAUGUAUAUCACCAACACAAUAUAUGAGUAUGGCUAUGCUCCAAUCUGACUGGCGAUGAGCGGCCUUCGUUCAGAAUACCUGGCAGUGUUCUGGAUUGUGGGCCAUCAUUGAUGAUGAGCGGGAAAUCUAAUGACGAAUUAAAUAAUUGACGGAUGGAAUGGAGGUAUAUACUGGUGAUUGAUGCGGGGCGGUGUUUUAGCAGUGCAGGGUUGGUGUAAAUUCAGUCCUAUCACGUUGUAUGAAUUUGUGCGCAGCCUUUCUCGUCGCGGCU